UAAUUUUUUUGGAUUGUUAAAGUUGUAUUUAAAGUGUAAUUUAAGCAAAACCUAAAAUGAAUCCCUAAAUGAAUAUCUUUAAAUUAGCAGGAAAGCUUGACUCAUUAUCUCGGUAAACAAAAUGAGCUCAUCAAAUAUUUUAUGCGUGUGUGUUCGUGCGGGGGUUCGUAAGUUCAAUAAAAUUUGAACUACCUAGAAACGCUAUAAAUAAUUUGUAAGUGUCACAAAGGGUUAUUACCUUAUCGAUGUUUUAAAUUAAACGUCAGAAUAGUGCAGCCCGUUUCUAAACAUCGUCCACUAGAGGUCGCUGCAGUCUCGCUUUCUACAGUCAAUCCAGCUAAUUCUGGUAUGUAGCUAACCUGUUUUAUCUGCGGGGAUCAAACCCAACUAGACAGGAGUGAUGUCCCGCCAUGUAAACGUCAACAAACAAAGAGUGGUUGCUGCACUUUUUCUUCUUCUCCAUCAUCUCGGAUUCUGUUUUGAAGACAAGCUCACCGGUCAAUCCCAUGUAGCAGAGCACCAGGAGUUUCCUGCAAACAUCUCCAUAGGGCUAGGAGACGUGGUGAUAGUGAUUCAGAGUCAGAGGAACUCUUACCACGCCGCUCACUGUCACCAGAAAAAAAUGGAGAUUCUGCAGAAGGCUGCUAAACUCGGGCAGGAUAUUCCGGUUGUUCUUCUGCUCCAUGAGCUGUCAGAGAAUGAAGGGGACUGGAGUAUCCUCCCUGCACUUCCACGCCUCUUUGCCGCUUACGGUCGAUCGGCGUCCUGGUUUUUCUUCAUGGCAGAGGAGACCGCUGUCAUCCUGUCUGCUCUGCUUGUGGUGCUCAGCAGAUAUCCAGUCCAGGAGGAAUGGUUCUUAGGCAAGCGUCUCCAUGACAACAAGGCGUCCAUCAUUCACCACUAUGCUUUCUCUGAAGAUCCCGCUUCUUUUGGCUACCCUGACCCUGCAGCGGGCUGGGCUGUCAGCGUGCCGCUGUGCCAGAGACUUUCUGAGCGAGUCCAACAUGAAAACCUGAAGUCCGAUUUUACCAUCGAUCUGCCACAUGAGAUUGCUCUGUACAUCUGGGAGGGGGGGAAUGGUCCAGAGCUGACGGCUGUGCCAGAGUUUUGCACCCAGCCAAGUGACAACUGUGCUACCACGUUCACCACCUACCUGCCUGACUGUGGUCCCCCAGUCUCGAAAAGCAAAGUAUUUGUUGCCGUCAAAACUUGUGAAAAGUUCCAGUCAGAGCGAGUGCCAGUGGUGAAGGCUACCUGGGAGAAAUCUGCAGGGCUUUUGGAGUAUUACAGCGAUGUCAUUGAUGCCUCCAUUCCCACAGUCAGUCUGGGAGUGCCAAAUACCGACCGAGGACACUGUGGAAAGACGUUUGCAAUUGUAAGGCGUUUUUGGAGUCAAGCUGCGACAAAGGCUGAUUGGCUGCUCAUUGUUGAUGAUGACACUCUCAUCAGUUUAACCCGGUUGAGGCGGCUGCUGCGUUGCUAUGACCCAGAGGAAGCGGUGAGCCUGGGGGAGAGAUACGGCUUUGGCUUGAUGCAAGGCGGUUACAGCUACACCACAGGAGGAGCGGGGAUGGUGCUCAGUAGGACGGCUGUGUCCAGGCUGCUUUCCAGUGGAUGCGGUUGCUAUAGUGACGACGCUCCGGACGACAUGGUCUUGGGCAGAUGUUUCACCUUCCUCCGUGUCCCCAUCAUCCACAACCCCCUGUUCCACCAGGCUCAACCGGAAGACUACGCAGAGGAGCUUUCUUCCUUGAAGCAUGCCAUCUCCUUUCACAAGCACUGGAACACAGAUCCUGUGACUAUCUACAGACAAUGGCUGCACGACACAGAUCCCCGAGAUGAGCUGUAGUUACACUGCGACAUGUAGACAUACAGGAAGCAAUACACACUUUUUCUUUAUACAAUCAACUCUUUAAAUUUUGUUUUCUUUUGUCACCACCAAUAUUUUGCAAAUUGGAAUUGGUUUAUUUCAAGCAAUGAAAGAAGACAAACAAACUUGUUGACUAUAGAUUAAAAACCUCCUGUGGUAGGAGUAAAUUGGAAAUUCACAUUUUUCUUGUUUUAGGCCAACAAUCCCAUUACAAUCUGAAGUAAACUAACUUGACUUCAAUAUUUUUUUUUCCACGCGGCACACAUUUUUUUAUUAAAGACCCAUUCUGAUGAAAAUGGUAUUUUGGGUGUUUUUACAUGUUCUUGUAGCCUUUUUCUCAUGAUGGGGGCAUGUAGUCAUGUAAAGAAAUUAGGACACCCUCAUUAAAUAAUCAGCUCUGUCUUAAAAUAAUGUUUAUAUGUCAAUGUACAAUAUCAUUUAAAAAAAAUCUAAAAAAGAAAGUUAUUAUGGUUGUAUUCAGACUGGGAGAAUCCUUUGUUCCCAAUCGAAUCCGCUUAAUUUAUUCCGGAUCAAGUCCUGAACCUUGUGUUUGGUCUGUAUUUUUUUGGACCAUUCGGUUACGCACCAAAGCCUGUAAACAAAACCACGUGACUAAAGACCCCUUCAGUCAUUGGCCAGGAACUACGAGAGCAGAUCCAAACAACAAGAGAAGGAUGGACGCUUUAUAAUUAUUAUUUAGACAGUUAACUUACUAAAAUGUUAUAUUUCACGUAUUAGUUUUGAAGGUCGGCAACAACUCUUUACUAGUUACUUUGGUACGGCAGAGGCGUGCAAGGCGAUUAAGGAGAUGUGCCGUGUGCUUUAACUCAGAGGAUGCUAGCAACUGCAGUGAUGAGGAGCAAUAUUAAUGUUGCUAAUGGUAAUCUGCCUUUUAAAAAAUGUAAUUCAAGUUAUAUCCGUCACUUCCAUUACAACAUUGUGGUCUAUGUGUCAUUCAGGUUAUUUAAGUUACUUUUAUACAAGAAACGCUUGUCCACAAAUAGGUUUUUUUAUAAAAUUUCUGUCUUUAUUUUUCUUUUUUUUUAUUUGGCUUAAACGCCGUGUGAUCAAUGCUGUUACUUUAUUACAGUAUUUGUGCCUGAUUUUCUCUCUGUAUGUUCCAGUUUGUCAGAGUACACGACUCAUUAAAUCCUAGGUAAAUCUAAUAUUUUAAGACUUCGGUUGACCUUGGUGCUCAUCUUUCUGCUUUGCUUGGCUUUGGAAGGAUAACUUAGAUAUUAUUUAGCAUUCAGUCCAGCUCCUCUCCAGUGAGUCAUCCUUCAUCUCUUCAAACAUUUUCUUAUCUGGUAAAGACAUCUUUGAACAAAUUGACUUACAUCAGUGGCAGGAACUGAUGUCCCACUUUUUUUUUGCUUCCCAAAAUUCUGUUUUGUCAUACAAUGAUGUUUUUAGACUCCUCUUAACCUGUGCAAACUUGCACCUCUUUGUAAAAAGAACAAUAGUUUAGGAUUCACAUUUUAUUUUACAUUUAAAUAAUUUAGGUCAGUGACUAAAGAUUUUAGACUAAAGCUGCACAGAGCGACAAGAAUGCCACAAAUAAACUGUUCUAUCUAUA